AUGGCAGCAGCAGCAAGACGCACGCCGGGGCUUGCUUCCACCUCAUACAAGGUCCCUUCCAUUGCUUCAACACUGAGGUAUAGAUGUCACCGUAAUGCCCGCUGCUUCUCAUCUACCUGUCGACGAGCAGCCCACUUGCGCGAUCACUAUGCGACUCUUGGAGUCCCAAUCACAGCGACGAAGGCUCAAAUAAAGGCAUGGACACACUUCUACCAACUUAGCAAGAAAUACCAUCCCGAUGUCAGUCAGGACAGUACAGCACGGGUAAAAUUUCACGCAGUGAGUGAAGCUUACGCAGUGCUUGGGGAUGAUCGGAAGCGGCGAGAAUACGAUCGUAGUAUCCGCCACGCAUCACCGUCACAACCAUCCUCUCAACACCCACAAGCUACCACAGCACGUCCCUCCAACCGACCAGGGUCACGCAAUGCAUGGCAACAUAAUCCACGUCAGCAUCAGCACCGUGACCCCAAAUCCAGUCAUGACUCAAACGCAACUUACGACCAUCCAUGGGAGCGCGCUCGGGCAGGAAAAUACACCUAUUAUCAACCUCCCCCCGGCGCCCAUUCGCGCACGUCCUACACAUGGUCAUCCACAAAUCCAUUUUCCAGCCCACACGUCCAACGAGCGACCGGUCGUAUGUCUGCACAUCCACCACCAGAUACAGGCCCGGCUGGUAGUACCAGUGAAGGUAUGGCUAAAGAAGGACCACGACCGGAAAGAACUCAAACCGACGAGGACACAGCUGCAGCGGAGAGUGUUAUAGGGCGUGUGUUUGCGGUGUCUGGACUUUUAACUUUCAUGUUAGUGAUAGCCCAGUUUGCAGGUGCACCGUGGGGCAGCGCGCAUGCAUGA